AUGCUGGUCAAGGUAAUCAAGAAUGGGAAAAGUACGAAAGACUAUGGCUCGAUUGACGUGCCAGGCUCGACUCCAACUGUAAGUCAAUUGAAAAUUGCAUUUGAAAAACAUUCGGGAAUCUCUCGCUUUCGACAGAGUUUUAAACUACUUCAAAGUGAUCAAUCCCUUGUGCCACUGACGGAUGACACGAAAGUGCUUGUGGACUACGGUAUUAAGAACGACUCAACGCUCGUUUUUCGUGACUUGGGUCCGCAAAUUGGAUACCGUACUGUAUUCAUAGCUGAGUAUUUGGGUCCUCUGCUCUUUGUCUUGGGCUAUGCAAUUCGCCCGAAAUUCAUCUAUGGAGAAGAAGCUGGUUCGAAACCACUAAGCACCACGGCGCUGUUGGGUGUCGUUGCCUGGUCGCUACAUUUCGUCAAACGUGAGCUCGAAACUUUUUUCGUACAUCGAUUCAGUCGACCGACAAUGCCGCUGCGUAACCUGUUUAAGAACUGCAGUUACUAUUGGUCAUUUGGAGCUGUUGUUGGCUACCCACUGUGUCAUCCACUGUAUACUAGUCCGAGCUCGAUAACACAGAUAACAAUUGGUGUAAUGCUUAUGGUCAUAUCCGAGAUACUAAAUUUCUGUGUCCACGUGCAGCUACGAAACAUGCGUCCCGCUGAAGGCUCGAAGGAACGUCCAAUUCCAAAGGGAUUCCUCUUUGCACUCGUUUCGUGCCCCAAUUAUACUUUUGAAGUGCUUGGAUGGGUUGGUUUCUCUCUCUUUACGCAAGUAGCUGCCAGUUAUGUGUUUACACUUGUUGGUUUCGUGCAAAUGGCGGACUGGGCGUUGAAAAAACACCGUGGAUAUCUUAAAGCGUACGGUGAUGAAUACAAAAAGCUGCGUCGCAAAGCCAUUAUCCCUUUUCUUUUGUAA